UCAGUUUCUACACCGUGUUUAUUUCCGGAAGUAAGUUAUCAGUGUCAGACUUUCCAUAAGGACUACCAAACCUCGUAUCUACAGCGCCCGAACGACAGGUGUGUCUUCAUCCACAGGAUGGCACAUUGGUUUCACAGAAACCCACUGAAGGCGACAGCGCCUGUGUCCUUUAAUUUUUAUGGAGUGGCAGGGAGCCCCGCCGCCAAUAAGAUAUGCAAUGAUCUGAGGACAACCAGGGCAAGGCUGCUGGAGAUGUUCACUGAUGUCACCUGCAACCCAGAGAUCAUGAAAAAUGCCACAGAUGCAUACUUCUCCCUCCUACAAGGAUUUAUCUUAUCCUUGGAUGGAACUACACAGGAGAACAAGAUGAGGUUCAUCCAGAACUUCAAGUGGACUGACACUUUACAAGGAAACACACCAAGUGCCCAGCAGGACGCAGUCUUUGAACUGGUCUCCAUGGCCUUCAAUGUAGCCCUCUGGUACACCAAGUUUGCCUCGAGACUAGCCGGGAAAGAAAACAUAACGGAGGCUGAAGCGAAAGAUGUUCACCGGAGCCUGAAGGUUGCCGCUGGCAUAUUCAAAAACCUCAAGGAGGUCCACAUCCCUCGUCUCAUCACCCCAGCUGAGAAGGGCAGAGACCUGGAGCCCCGAGUGAUUGAUGCAUAUAUCAUCCAGUGCCAGGCAGAGGCGCAAGAAGUGACAAUUGCCAGAGCGAUUGAACUGAAGCACAAUGCCACACUCAUUGCAGCGCUGGCAUUUGAGACGGCAAACUUCUAUCAAAAAGCUGACCACACAUUGAACACUUUGGAGCCAGAGUGCAGUAGCAAGUGGAGGAAAUAUCUUCAGCUGAAGCAGCACUUUUACAUGGCUUAUGCUUACUGCUAUCAUGGACAGACACUGCUGGCCAGUGACAAGUGUGGAGAGGCUAUAAGAUCUCUCCAGGAGGCAGAAAAGUGCUACUCCCGUGCCGAGGCGCUGUGUAAAGAGUAUCGUCAGACCAAAGGCCCAGGCACCACAGCCAAGCCGUCGGAGCAGCUGUUCUUCCUCAAACUGGGCGGCGUCAUUAAAAACACGCUGGAGAAGUGCCAGAGAGAAAACGGCUUCAUAUACUUCCACAAGAUCCCAGCUGAGGCGCCCCAGCUGGAGUUGAAGGCGAGUUAUGGCCUGGCUGAGCCGGUCCCCUUCGAGCUGCCGCCUCUCAGUGAGCAGUGCUCUGCAGAAGUCUAUGCCACCUUUGACCUGACCAAGGGAGCCAAAAAUGACAAGGCCAAGCCCAAGGAGGAGGAGGUGAAACCAGUGAAGGAGCCAGAUUUGAAGCCUCAGAAGGACACAGGCUGUGUCGUCUCCUAAACUCUCCACAGAUUCCAUCUUCAGCCUCAUGCUUCACUACCAUCUAUUAUAAUGAUGGCAUCCAUAUUUCUUUUCAUGUAAACCUCCAUAGGAAAAAUGUUUUUUUGUAAUAUUAAUCUAUGGUGUUUUACAUUUAUGCUGAAACAUGCGUAUUGUCCGUGGGUAUGACAGCCAUCGUCCUCUCAUCUAAGCCAGAGCCAGUCACGGCUUCCCUUAAAGUAAACCUCAGACAUUUAUACAGAUGGAAACUUCUUUCGGGUUUUUGUUAGUAAUUACACAUCAGAUGAAAGGAUUACUUCAAAUUAGGUCUUUACAUGAAGUAAUUUCAAGUGGAAUGAUUAUAAGUAAGCCUUAUGGGUGAAGAAGUUGUAUUAAUGGUGCCUUUGCCUGCAAGUAAACCUGUUUACUGAGGCCCCUUUGAACCUUUUUGGCACUGAUUUAUAGUUUGAUGGCUUAAAAAAAAGGAAACUGGCCUAUUAAACAAUCUGCGAAAUGGCCUCAGGAUGUGGAUCUAAACAAAAAAUGCUGUACUGAAAACCAAAAUGAUAAAAAGGCGGAUUUUUACAUUCAAUAUUUAGCAAUGAAGGAAACUGCAUUCCAACAAUCAGCCUGUAUACUACAAUACAGUCAGAUGAUUUUAAUGAAUUUCAGGCUGAGAUUUGUUCACCACUUCCACCACAAACGUGUUAUAAUUAACAGAACUGAAAUGUAAAUCAACAGUGGACAGACAAACUGAAGAAGACUACACGUGUUAUUGCUGGUGCAUUUGGGUUGUUGUAGCUGUAGCAGUUUACAAUCAAUAUUUGAUUUAGAUCACAUGAUGUAUGUACUGUAGUCAUUUUUGUACAUGACAUAGCUGUUUUUUUUACUUCUACUAUUCAUUUAAGAAAACUUUAUUACUGGAUGAGGCUGAGUCAUUCUUAAACAUGCUUAGGGAAUUUGUGAUUAUAUCCCUGAUAGUAUUAGUUCUUAAUUUAUUUGUUGUUAUGCCACAAUAUUUUAGUUGAGAACUUCAAACAUUUAUGACAGUAUACAGUUCUAUGUAACUCCAAUCAUAUUUUUUGGUGAUGUUGAUUUUCAUUUUUAUGCUUCAGUGGAUACAACAGAAUCCCCUCUGAUACAUACAGUAAAAGGCUUACCCUUGUAAACUUCUCAGUUGCUGAGUGAGUGCUGCUGUCUAUAGUUGACACAAUGUAUGUACUGUAGAUCUAUUAAGUGUUAUCCCCUUCCUUAGAGACAAAGACCAGGCGGGAGCAUCAUCAGACACCGGGGGUGGGAGCUCUGGCUGCUUCACAGAACUUGCUCAUAUUAUCAAAACUUUCCCACUUUGAAAAUAAAUGUCGGUUAAAGCUGGAAACUUGUAUAAACUGUAAUCUAGUGCUCACAUGUACUCAUUUAUGCCCCCACAGGUAUAUUAGCGUACCUGAGCAAGACCCCGGCAGCAGUGAAAGGCUGACAAGCUAACUUUCUGACUAAAUUCCAUUAUAGCACAACACCUUUGCACUUUAUACUCAGUUGUGCAGGGCUUUCAGUGGGGGUCUAAUGGAAUCAUAAUGCUCAUGGCAUUUGUCUGUUCUGCAUUAUACCCGGAACAGCCAGUUUAACAUUGCAUUCACAGAUCAAUGCUAGUCCUUUAUUCUUUUCAAGGCAACUGUUUAUUAAAAGGGUGUGUCAGAUCACCAUUACAGUGUACACUCCUGUUGCUCAUUAUCCUCCUCUAAUGGUGUCCUUCAUGUAAAAUGUAUUUCAAACUCUAUUAAAUCAUCCAUAAAACUCCA